ACGCGUUUGAUCCCCGGCUCCAGCCCUCGCUCACACCUUGGGCUGCCCGCGCCGCCCGAGUCCGCGGACUCUGCAGAGCCUUAACGCGAGAGCCCCUUUCCCAGUGCUUCCCUGGCGGGGAGAACCGGCCCGGCUGGCACUGCUGGGCCGGCCCGUCUCGGCCCGGAGCUCCCGCGGGUGUCCGGGCUACCCCGGAAGGGGCGGUGGCCCCGGCGAUGGCGGACGAGGCGUUGUUCCUGCUGCUGCACAGCGAGAUGGUGGCGGGGCUGUACCGCGCCGCCGAGCAGGGCGAAGGGGAGAACGGGCGCUGCACCACCAAGCUGGAGAGCAUGGGCUUCCGUGUCGGGCAGGGGCUCAUCGAGAGGUUUACAAAAGACACUGCCAGGUUCAAGGAUGAAUUAGACAUUAUGAAGUUCAUUUGCAAAGAUUUCUGGACAACGGUAUUCAAAAAACAAAUAGAUAACCUAAGGACUAAUCACCAGGGUAUUUAUGUCCUUCAAGACAAUAAAUUUCGUCUCUUGACACAAAUGUCUGCAGGAAAGCAGUAUUUAGAACAUGCACCAAAGUAUUUAGCAUUCACCUGUGGACUAAUCAGAGGAGGCCUAUCAAAUCUGGGAAUAAAGAGUAUUGUAACAGCUGAAGUUUCAUCAAUGCCUGCAUGUAAAUUUCAGGUCAUGAUACAGAAGAUGUAGAGCACAUUAAAAUCUGGGUAUCUACUUUAAAAAGCCUUUGUAUGUGGAUUCAGUAUCUUGGCUCAGUCUUGUAUAUAACAUGUAAAUUAAAGCAGUGUGCAGCACAAUUCCAAAAUAUAUAAUAAAUGCUCAUCGAAAUAAGUUAACUCUA